AGGUCGCGCGCCCGAAACGCUACAUAGAGCUUAUAACGUUUUAUAUCUCAGAAAAAGGGGGAAGAGGGAGAGCAGGUGAUGGGCGACGAGAGGUCGCCGAGCCCGAUGGCGAGCAGGGAGAAGGAUCGCGAGCUGCUCAUCCCCAUGGCAGACGGAACCGCCGACGCCGACCACCCCGACGCCAAGGCCUCCUCCUCGUCAGCCUCCGCUCGCACCCACAGCUCUGGUCGAGAGGCUUUUUAUAAAGUGAUCCGCAGUUGGGCCUCAAAGAAAUUUAUGACAGGAUGUGUCAUCCUAUUUCCAAUUGCAAUCACCUUCUAUAUCACCUGGUGGUUCAUUCAUUUCGUUGAUGGGUUCUUUUCUCCAAUCUAUGCUGGACUUGGGAUAAACAUAUUUGGACUUGGCUUUGUGACUUCAAUUACAUUUAUAUUCUUGGUUGGAGUGUUAAUGUCAUCUUGGCUGGGGGCAUCCGUACUUGGCCUUGGUGAGUGGUUUAUCAAGCGAAUGCCAUUUGUUCGGCAUAUCUACAAUGCCUCAAAGCAAAUAAGUUCUGCUGUAUCACCUGACCAGAACAAACAAGCAUUUAAGGAAGUGGCUAUUAUCAGGCAUCCUCGGGUUGGUGAAUAUGCCUUUGGAUUUAUCACUUCAACUGUCGUUCUUCAGAGUUACAAUGGUGAAGAGGAACUUUGCUGCGUCUAUGUUCCAACAAACCAUCUGUACAUUGGUGAUGUUUUCCUUGUUAACUCCAAUGAUGUCAUAAGGCCAAAUCUCUCUGUCCGUGAAGGAAUUGAAAUCGUCGUCUCAGGUGGCAUGUCAAUGCCGCAAAUUAUCACGACACUGCAUCAAUGUUGAGUACUUAAUGGGGAUCUAGAGCUAGCAGAAUCUGAUACCAAUAUGUUGCUUCUUGAGUUUCCCUUAGUUGGAGCUCAGGGGGCACUUUUUUUUUUUUUUAUAACUUUUUUAGGUUUUUAAAUCUUACUUAUCUUUCCGUCUUACAAUUGCCUGAAAUGAUUCUAAUAUACCCGAGGAAACAAUGUAUUGUAAAUUGCAAUCCAGCUCCCAAGUCACAUCCGCACGGUUGGAUAGUUUGCCUAGUUCAGUAAUAUGAAUCUUUCCAUCGAUAUCA